AUGCCUAGUCCAGUCCAGCUCGAUUGGGGCGUCCGCUUUAUCCGCGCGCGUCUCCAGAUCCUUGCCAGUGACACCAAAUGGGACCAAGCCGAAGAAAGAAAAAGUGAGGCGGCGAUCGACAAGGAAUCCAAAGUGCCCUUCAAGCACUCUGCACCGAUUUCCCUCAAUGACGGAAACUCGCGCAUUGAGAGCCUCGUCGACGCCCCCUUUUUCCACAAACGCUCAAAUGAAGGGAUGCGCUAUCUAUCGUCACCGGCACCGAUCAUCACCCCUGACCCAGAUCGGGCCUGGACCUCCCUAAGGUCCUGGUCCUUGCCAACCUGGCUGCUUUCCCACCGGCCUGCUGCUUCUUGCGGACAUGGGCAUGUCCUGCCCCGGAUUUCCAGGGCGUGA